AUGGGCAGAAACUUCUACAACGACGACGAUGAACUAAUCAUCAACAAACCAGGCACGAUUGACCCCAUCACUGCCAAACUCCAACAAGAAGAAUCCAUCCAUGGCGGCGACAACGCCACAAUCAUUGACGGCAUGGUGAUUCGCACCACUCCCAUCUUGGAGAAAUACAGCAACCAAUUGCGUCAAUUUGCCAUCACCAAAUUCAACAUCUUGGAAGCUGAGCUCGCGACGCAGAAACUGGCUACGUUGAAUGAAUGGCACAGUUUGCAAACUGGGUUUAACCGAUUGGUGAAGGAGCCGGUGUUGCCAAAUGCGAUAUAUAUCUUGACUGCUGGGUUGACUGGUAGUAUAUUGGCACGUAAUCGGAAUUUGGCAUUGAGGUUUGUUACUCCGUUGGUGUUUGGUGGUGUUGCUACUAGUGCGUUUAUGCCUCGCACUUUUGAUAAUUUGGUGAGGGAAUAUGAUGAGUUUGAAGUGGCUCAUGUGCCGGAGUUGUAUAAUCAAAGACAAGAGUUGAUUAGGACAUUGAGGCAAUGGAGGGUGGAUGCUGAAAGCCAGAGGGUGAAGUUUAAUGAUUCUGUUAUUGAACAAGUGCAUGAGUUGAGAAAGAAGUGGAAAGAGGUAUGGGAUUGA